CAACAAUCAUCAAUGAUCAACUGGCAAGCACGACGCCUACCGUUAUUCACACUUCUGAGCGACACUAUAAAUAAUAAUGAAUUAUGACCAUCAUACUUAUGACUACUUACAGCAAGAACGCUAAAUAUAUUUGAAAAAAAUGUUUCAUAUUACUGCAGAAGGUUUUAUAAUGUUCGCUGGACCAUAAUAUGUGAAAUGUGUAGAAAUAUCCGCGUCUCUUCUCCGGAGCCUGGUCACAUGCGCGCUUGGGCAUAAUGGCUGCACAGGAUCCCUCACCACCAUCUUCAUUAGAAGGCAACAAACCUGGCUUUCCCAAAAAAAUACUCGCCAACAAGCUGGAGGACAAGCAUCUGUGCAAUAUCUGUCAGAAAAUCCUCAGGAGACCGUUUCAAGCGCAGUGCGGACACCGUUUUUGUUCAUAUUGUUUUAAUAAAGCAGUGAGCUCUGGACCACAGAAAUGCAGUGCCUGUAUAAAAGAGGAUAUCUUUGAAGAGCCAACAUCAAUUCUGAAACAAGGCUGUGCAUUUCCUGAUAAUGCUGCCAAGAGAGAAGUCGAAGCUCUUGAAGCUGUUUGCAUCAAUGAGGAAUGCAGUUGGACAGGCACCAUCAAAGAAUAUGAGGCGAAUCAUGAGGGAAAGUGUGAAUUUAGGAUCCUGCCCUGUCCAUUAUGCAAAGAGCUUCUGAGAGCCAAUGAACUUGAGCGGCACAAUGAGAGAGAAUGCCCGGAAAGGACCCUGAAUUGUAAAUACUGCAAGGAGCCUUUUCAUUUCAAAAACAUUAAGGCCCAUGAUGAGAUCUGUCCUAAAUACCCGAUGAUUUGUGAAGGCUGUGCCAAGAAGAAAAUUCCCAGAGAAAAAUAUGUCGACCACAUUAAACUCUGCAGCAAGUUCAGAACACCUUGCAGAUUUCACGUGGUAGGCUGUGAUAUGACGGUGGAAAAGGAGAAGAUCCAUGACCAUGAGCAAUCCUGUUCCUACGAGCACCUGAACCUCCUAUUGCACUUCAUUAUGGGCAUCAAGGUAAACCUGGAGAGUCUGCAGCCUCAGAGUCUGGAGUUGGCCAGUCACAAGAUCCAUGAACUGCAUCAGUCUCUGCGGGAGCUGGAGUUAAAGAUGGGCCAGCUGAGUGGAGCCGGGGCUCCCGUGCAGGGGGCCUGUGCACCGCUGCCUCCAACGCUGAGUACGUCUUUCACCCCUCUUCCAACAGCUGUUGGGGCAGCCUUGGAGCUGCAGCUACAUAGUGAGAAGACCAAAGUAGCGGAGCUCAGCCGACGCUGUCAGGAGCUGGAGCUGAAGAUAAGCACCUUCGAGAACAUUGUCUGCGUACUCAACCGUGAGAUGGAGCGCUCCGCAACCACCAUGGAGGCCUAUAACCGCCAGCACAGGCUUGACCAGGACAAGAUUGAGUUACUUAAUAACAAGGUACGGCAGUUGGAGAGAACGGUAGGCCUAAGGGAUCUCUCCAUCGUGGAGAUGGAGGGAAGGAUGAGGGAGAUGUCUGCUGCCACCUAUGAUGGCGUCUUUGUGUGGAAGAUCUCUGAUUUCUCAAAGAAGAGACAGGAUGCUGUAGCUGGCCGUGCUCCAGCUAUGUUCUCAUCCGCAUUUUACACAAGCAAAUAUGGCUAUAAGAUGUGUUUACGCAUCUAUCUGAAUGGGGAUGGGACGGGACGUGGUACUCACUUGUCUCUGUUCUUCGUGGUGAUGAGGGGACACAGUGAUGCCUUGCUCAAGUGGCCUUUCAAUCAGAAGGUCACCCUCAUGUUGCUGGAUCAGAACAACCGAGAGCACAUCAUCGAUGCUUUCCGGCCAGACAUCUCCUCUUCCUCCUUCCAGAGGCCUGUCAGUGACAUGAACAUUGCCAGCGGCUGCCCCCUCUUCUGCCCUCUUUCUAAACUAGACUCCAAAAACUCCUACAUCCGAGAUGACACCAUUUUCAUCAAGGCCAUUGUUGACCUCACAGGCCUGUAAGAUGUCGCUGCUGCUCCGCCAUUCUCAUUUCUCCAGCCUGUAGUGGUUCCCGUGCAGUACUUCUCACCUGAUGCCCGGUCCUUUGGCUUGAGCUCUUUGGCGCGCUUGUUGUGAGCCACGAAGAGACUCCGGUACCCAGUGCGAUGCUGCUCUGGGAUGGACACCACUCUGCAUUAUGUACCAAAAUUGUUCCCAGAGUCGUGUGCAGUUUUACUGUAAUAUAGUCGCCCUUUGGGAACGCUCGCUCUCUUUGAGUGAGCCGAUUGUAACGUAACUACUUGCCUGUGCCAUAAAUACGGCACCUUGCCUUUUAUAGAGAUUGAGAAGAAGACUUUCUUCACAAGAUAGAUGCCAUUUCAUUAUCAAGCGCUUGGCUUGUGUUGCAGUCACUAUUUCCUUUAGUGUUUGAGAUACCUGUAAGUGAAUGUUUCGUGGGUAGACAGACGUGCAAUCUGAUGAAUGAUCUUGUGACUGUGUUACUCUAAGCAUACAGUAGGCAUCUUCCGACAUUCCCUUUUAGCAUUGUGUGCCUCAAACUUUUCGAAUCCCUUAUUUCGUUGGUUCUCUCUGGUUAGUGGUGGACAUUGCUUGAAUUCCCUAAAGUCCAAAGCGUGGAAUUUUCGGCCUUGAUACCUGCUUGUGAGCGAGGAGUCGUCGUGUGAAGGUUUGUCCUGUGUUUUGGCCUUCGUUUCCAUUUUUGGUGUUCUUUGAUGUAUUAGUUUGCAUGUUGGAUCUGUGGAAGAUACAUUCAAGUUAGCAACAGACCAGGUUUCAACCUUGGGCCUGACAAGCAAAGGCAGUUUCAUUGUAAAUCGCUGUUGAAGAAAACAACAAAACCACGCUGGCGUUAGAAUCAUCCGUUUUCUUUUCUAACACCUUUUCUAUACGGUUAUACAGGAACUAAAGACGCAGCCUUGAAUCUUGAGGUAGUGUAAGUAGGACAGAUAAUCUUGUGUGCUUUAUCGUGACGUGGAAAGGCUGAUGUUUAAUAGCAUUUUGAUGUUUUCCUGUCUUUUGGGUGUACUUUUGAUAUUGUGCUGCUUCGGGCAAACGGAUGCCAUUAAAUCUAUACGACUGGCUUUGGACUGUGCUGAUCUGUUAAAUCCGAGCAGGUGUUUGAAAACUCUUAGUCAGUGAUUUCGGUCAACUUAAAGACCUUAGGUUAAAUGUAAACAAGGAAUGUGAUCGUUUUAAGAUCGGAUCAGUGCAUCUUCGUCCACGAGAAGAUUCAAGGAAGGCAUUACUAGAUGCAUAACUUCUACAUAAGGGCUUUUAGUAUACAGUACGUCUUCCAUGUGAGCCUUUUGGUCCAGUUGUUUCAGUAAACGGAGUCCGAGACGCUGUUUAAAGAUGCCUUCAUGCUAACAAAGCACCUCGACCCAGCCUAUUUUCAAACCAGUUCCCACAGAUAUCAAAACCUCUCUGUGCAUGAGAUGUUUUGAUAGAAAAGAAAAGACAUAUUGUAAAUUAUUGGUUUACUUUGUAGACCAAGAUUUUAUUUGUAUUGCUUUACCUUUUAAUCUGUUGAUUGAGAUGCGGUAUAUGACGGUUAUAAGUGUGAGUGUGGUAUAUUGUUUAAGUAUAAAUAAAUAAACUAUACAGUAUACACCAGUUUUAUGACUGGUGUAGCUGUGGCUAUAACAUAUAUAAAUCAUAAAUAUAAAUAAAUAUAAAUAUAUAUAUACAUAUUAUAGAUUUAUAUCAAUAAUAAAUGUACUAUUUCCUGUUGGGAUGGUUUCAAAAUGUGUUCGGGCUCAUUUUGGGCUUUGGUAAGUUCUCCUCCUAUUUGGCAGAAUCUUUUGAGGGAAUGAAAUUUCGAAUGAAAAACUUCCGUUUUUUCCUCUCUCUCAAGGAACUGUCUACGUUGCUAAAUCUCACCGUUGUAGAUUGCCCAGCUUGCUUUUUGCCCCAAUGAGAUUUUUGUGAAUAGUUCUUCAGUGAUGUGCCUCUGUAGCAUAACUGCUUCUAAACAAAUGUUCUCUAUACAUAGCUUUAGCUACAGUAACAAUGCAUGUGGCAAGUGUGGUGUAUUGCAAAUCAUAUUAAAAUGAUUCUUUUGACAGUUUUUUUUAAUCGUUCACCUUGACGUUUUGUGCAGCUGUCACCUUAUUUAAUUGUAGUAGUGCACACAUUUGAGCUCGUGCAAUUAUACAAGUGUCCUUCCUGUUAUUGAAUCUACAGUUUGCAUAUACUCUUGUCUGGGCUUAUAUUCAUACACUAUAAAGGUGAAUAGGAAAUGCUUGUGAGUGCCAUUUUAUUUGUAUGACGUUUGGACUCGAACUUUAGUUUUAUCUUCGAAUAAGCUUACGCUACACUAGAAAUGUGAUAUUUUUUAACGUUUUUGCAUACAGUUGAGAUUACAGCUCACAGAUGUAAUUUAUGAAAUACAGGAAUGAUUUUUCUUAUUCAGCUUACUGAUAUUUGUAUACUUUUUAUUUCCAAGGUUGCAUUUCAUAGAGGUAACUUUAGUUAUCCAGAUUUCUACGUAACUUUGUAUGCCUUUCUCAUGGUGUGCCAGUGCCACUGAUCUUCCUGAUUUUGUUCAACAGAGCUCGAGACGUUACUGUGAUGGCACUGUGGGUUUCUUCUGUGAAUUGUGGUAGUAAUGUGCCAAGGAAGGAACCUUUGUGUGAUUCAUUCUGUGUUAUGGUUUAAUCCUUAGUGAAAUCUAAAAAUAAAGUCUUUUCUGUUCUUUUA